UUCCGGAAACUUCUCAUUCUGUUAUAUAUGUCGCUUCUCUUAUUUCGGUUCAUUUUUUUCUCUGAAUCACUUCUCGAAUUUGGGAAAGAGAUCCAACCACCCACAACAUAACUCCAUAAUUCAAAUACAAACAGGUCGAUUACAUUUCUUCUCAUGAUGUCAUACUCAAGAAGGUCAAAAUAUUCUCGUUCUCCUUCUCCAUUCAAGCGAUACAACAGAUCUGUGUCGAGGUCUUUGUCCAUGUCGAGGUCGAGAUCAAGAGACAGGGACAGGAGCUCGUCAAGUGAUGUUGAAAACCCUGGUAACAAUUUGUAUGUGACGGGACUGUCACCUCGUAUCACCAAGAGAGAUCUUGAGAGGCAUUUUGCUAGUGAGGGGAGGGUGAUUGAUGUCCAUCUGGUGGUUGAUCCAUGGACUAGAGAAUCUCGUGGUUUUGGUUUUGUAACAAUGUCCACUGUUCAUGAAGCUGAUAACUGCAUCAAGUAUUUUAACCGCUCUGUUCUUGAAGGCCGUGUCAUUGCAGUGGAAAAGGCCAAGAGACGGAGAGGACGAACUCCUACUCCUGGAAGGUUUUUGGGGCUGAGAACUGUUCGUGUUCGACGCCGGUCACCUAGUUAUUCUCCUCGUCAAUCUCCCAGCUAUUCUCCUUGUAGGAGGAGCUGGAGUAGGUCAUCUUGUUAUUCAUCUGAACGGAGUAGAAGCAGGUCAUAUUCUCCUAAUUACAGGCGGCGUCGAUCCUAUUCUCCCUAUUACCCUAGGCGCAGAUCAUAUUCACCCUACUACUAUAGCAGGCGAAGAUCAUACUCCAGAUCUUCUUACAGCAGGUCCCCCAUAAGUAGGCGUGACCAUUCAUACUCACCUUAUGAUUGUAGAUAUUAUUCACCAGAUGACCGAUACUAUAGAAGACAUCGUUAUCACUCGGUUUCCUCAAGUCCAACCCCAAGAAGGAGAAGCUCAAGGAGGAGCUACUCGAGCAGCAUUUCUCCAAGCCCAAGAAGGGGCUCAAGGAGGAGCUACUCACGGAGCAGUUCUCCUGCAUCAAGAAGAAGCUCAAGGAGGUGCUCUCGAAGCCUUUUCCCAAAGGUGAGGAAGAGCACAAAGAGGAGUUACUCUAGGAGCCAUUCUCCGAAGGGAAGAAAGAACUCGAGGAGUGGAUGUCAUGGUGGUUCAUCAACACGUGGGUAUUCUGAAGAUAGUUACUCUAGGAGCCCAAGUGAAAGUUGUAGAUCUGGAUAUGUUUCUCGGUCUGUUUCCCCAAGGUCUGCUUCUCCAUCAUCUUGAGGGGAAAUUGAUGUGUGUGCUAAUGAUAGAUAGAAUCCGUUACUAUACCUGAGGUGUCGUAGCUUUGGUAACUCAUUAAUAACUGCGGUUUUAUGUACCGUAGCUCAUGUUGUUAGUAACUUCAUUACUACUAUUAUUAGUUAAAAUGUGUUUCGUCGUGAAAAUAAAUGGAGUAAAAUAAUGAGAGGUUUUAUUUUA